AAUGCUGAGGAAACACAACCUUCUUCUCCCACAACUUCAGAGAAAGAUAAUGCCGGUGGUUCUGAUACUGCAAACACUGGAAAUGGCACUACUUCCCCAGAGGAUGAACCUCAAAAUAACUCAUCUGAUGAGGGAGGAAAUACAGAAACAACCACCACCACCACCACAACAACAACAACAACAACAACAACACUUCCUCCUGAAUCCACAAACAACAAGAAGGGUGAUGCAGACAGCAGCAGCAGUAUCAGCAGUUCUGUGUGGGUGCGUGUACCACUACUGAUUGUGGUUACACUGGCCUGUAUUCUUGUGGGCUGA